AUGCUUACCGUCAAGCAGCCACCAACCUACGGCUACAAGUCCGUCCAUGACCUGCCGACUCCGCCAUCAACCUCUCGACCUUCUCCCCCCUUGAUAUAUCAAGAGCCAGCAACCAAGUCCUUGCCGGUCGCUCACCGGAGCCACAGCCCACCAUCCCAGCCCAUGUCGGCUCCUCACCGUGGCCUGCCUCCCCCGGCGGCCAUGACUCUUCCUCCUCAGCAGCCUCCAGCCGGUGUUGCUCCUCCACCUGCGCAUCAUGCACCUCCUCCACCCCCGCCACCUCCCGCGCUGGCUCCUCCAAGUCACCAGCAGAGGGAUAGCUGGGGCCAGCUGCCUGCUCCGCCUCAGCAAUGGCAAGGAGCCGAGGAGUCUAUGAAGCAUUGGCUGCAGGCAAGAGCCGAGGAGGACAAGAGAAGGCAAGAGGAAGAGCGGACGAGGCAAGAGAGUCUGCGUCUGGAGCAGCGAAAAGUCGAGAUGGACAUGUUGAGGACCUCUCUCUCGGGCGGCAUCCCUCCACCAAUGGUCCCCCUCGUCUUUACCGGGAUGGCCAGCGGAGGUAUUAUGCCACAGGCUGCUCUGGAGUGGGCUCAGCAGUUUAUGCCACCCUCACAAGUCCCUAGGGCUCAGAUAAUGCCUGCUGGGUGGCCCGUUUCUCCUGAGCACCAGCGAGAAUCCCAGGCGCACGCACAGGCACAGCAGGCUCACGCACAGCAUCAUGGUCUCCCUCCCGCCCCGGCACCACCGGCCACUGGAUAUGCGUACCCAGGGUCACCAACGAGGCAGAGAGGCCAGACGGUGAGCGGUGCCAUAGGAAGGCCCAUGGGGGCACUACCGAGCCUCAACACAAACGUUCCUCAGCCUACGCAUGGUCCUCCUCCCGGGAUGCACUCGCACCCGCACAUGCAUCAAGCCCAACAACAACAGCAGCAGCAGCACGAGUCUCAGUCGAGCCCCUCGAUAUACUUCCAUCACUGGCAACCGCCGACAUCGCAAGCCAGCGGCGGCUCGAACCGACCCGGAAGCCCUUCCGGGGAGACUCCCAGAAAGCGCAAGGCCACGGGGCAGCACCAACCUGCUCCAUCUCCCACCCGUAUCGAGCAACGACUUCGAUCCCCGCCGCCCCCCUUUUCUCAGAGCAGCUUUGUCAAUCCGACAUCUAGGGGAGGAAGACGGGGGCAUACACGGCAAAGAAGCGACAUGUCUCCGUUUCGAACCGCAGGCCCAGGACGAUCACGAAGAGAGAGCUUUGGAGGACCGCUCCGCCGAAUGUCGCCGAUACGUAGCUCACCGGGGCCCUCACAAGAGCGAGUGGGAAGCGAACGCGGCGAAUCUCAAAAGCAAUCGGUAUCGUCUCUGCUCUCCGAGGAGCCCCGACCACUGUCACAGCACUCGGGCAUCCCUCCUCGUCCGGUAGAGGAGGUCGAACGUGGGCAUCAGCAAGCGUCUCCGGUUGAAACAAAGCCGCAGACUGGUGCUGAGGAAAUGUCGAGGCGUGAAGGCACAGGGGAGGGCGAAGGAGCGCAAGGGUGA